AUGAGUGCUUUUAAUGUUUCUUCUGAUGAAUGUUCUCUCAGAUGGAAAAAUCAAAGACUUUAUCAAACAAACUCUUCGGAGUGGAAUGAAUCACAGAAUUCGACGACGACGAAUGAUACGACUGUGGUGACUUCAAAUCAAUCAUCAAAUGAAAAAACAACUGGUGGAUUAAUUACAACUCCUAUUUAUUAUGUCAAUGGACCUCCUCAUAUUGGACACUUCUUUACUUCUAUUCUUUCCGAUACUCUUUUUCUCUAUCACAAAAUAUUGAAAAAUAGGAAGGACAUGAUUUUCUCUACAGGUACCGAUGAACAUGGAAGUAAAGUUCAGAGAACUGCAAUUGCAGCCUAUUUGGAAAAUUUGAAAAAAUCAAACCCUGAUGGUUCACCUGUUCUUGAUACGAUCCUCGAGGACCCAGCUUUAAUUGAGAAGGCUUGUGUGGAAUUUUGUGAACAAAUUUCGAAUCGUUUUAAAAAGCUCAUGGACGAUUUUCAUAUCCAUUAUACACACUAUUUGAGGACUAGUGCCACUAAAGAACACAGAGAGACAGUCGUCAAGGUGUGGAAACAUUUGCAAGACCAAGGUGAUAUCUAUAUUGGAGAAUAUCAAGGAUGGUACUGCACAACUGAUGAAGCCUUUACUACAGAAACUGAACAAUACAAAAUAACACAUGAAUCGGGCCAAGAGGAAUGGGUGACUAUUAACAAGUCAUCAGGAAAUCGCUGUGAAUAUGUGACAGAGAAAAAUUAUAAAUUUAGAUUAAGCAAAUACAUUGAUCGAGUCGAGAAGUGGUUGGAAGAAAAUCCAAAUGUUAUCAAACCAAAAGAAAGAUAUAAUGAAUUGAUGGGAAUGAUCAAGAAGGAAAAGGAACGGCAUCCCGAGUCACUUGAUUUGAGUAUAUCAAGAACCAGAGACCGAGUGCAGUGGGGAAUUUCUGUUCCAGGAGACCCUGAACACACCAUUUACGUUUGGCUCGAUGCAUUGACCAAUUACUUGACAGCUGGAUGUACAAUGGCCAAUGAAACAUUGAAUUGGCCUCCAACGAUUCAAAUCAUUGGAAAGGAUAUCCUCAAAUUCCAUGGAAUUUAUUGGCCUGCCUUUUUGAUGGCUCUCGGAAAGGAGCUUCCUGAGACACUUCUCGUACACUCGUAUUGGCUUGUCGAUGGCGUGAAAAUGUCAAAAUCAUUGAAGAAUGUCAUUUCUCCUUACGAUUUACUUUCUGAAACUGGUGUUCAACCAGAUUUAUUGAGAUAUUAUUUAUUGAGUGAAGCAUUGUUGAGUACUGAUAGUAGCUUUAGUAUGAUUAGAUUCCCUGUAAAGGUGAACGAAUUGGCAGACAUUUUCGGUAACUUGUUAACUCGAACUUUUAACAAAAAAUUCCAUUCUGAAGUUAGAGAAAUUCCAUACAGAAACUUGAAAUUUGAACAUGAUAAUGGUAGUGAAGUCAAUCCAAAUGAUAUUGUCGUAGAGUUGAUAGAACUAUUGAACGAUUUGAAAGAACAAGUAAGAUCUGCGUAUGAGGAUAAACUUGAAGUGAGAUUUGCUAACGCGGCAGCUACAAAAAUUCUAAAACGCUGCAAUCAAUUAUUUAAUGAGGUUAAACCUUGGGAAUUAGUGAAAGUGCCUGAAAAGAAUACAUUGUAUGUGGAGGAGUUGAUGUUUCUGGUUGGUGAAACACUUAGAAAUUGUGCCAUUGCUCUCUAUCCAGUUUUACCAGACAAGAUGACAUACAUUUUGUCAUUCCUCAAUCAGGGUCAACCUCUUUUGCAAGACAUUGGUUUCUGUCAAAAAGGAACAUCACUCAAAAUUCAAACAGAUCCGGAGAUUUUAUUCAGAAAGAUUGCUGAAGUCAAACAAGAGGGAUCUCGAAUGAGAGGAAGGCAAAAACAAUCACCCGAACAAACAAAACAAACAAAACAGCAAUAG